GUCCGUGAAUGACAUCGAUCUCUUCACUGGAAUGUUACACGAACCAGCUGACACUGGACUGGUCGGUCCCACGAUUCGAUGCAUUUUGAGAAUCCAGUUUUUCCGACUGAAAUACGGUGACCGUUUCUUCUUUAAUAAUGAUGAACCUUCUUCUGGUUUCACUAAUGGUAAGUGCGUUUUAAGUUUUGUAGAUUAUAUCUAA